AUGAAAAAAGGAACCCCCUUCAAAUGGGAAGCAGAAUGCGAAGAAGCUUUCCAACAUUUCAAGAAAGUCUUAAUAGAACCACCGGUCCUCGCCAAACCCCAAACAGGGGAGACUCUCUACUUGUACCUCUCCAUAACGGAAGAAGCACUCGCGGCAGCACUUAUCCGCGAAAAAGAAAGGAAAGAACAAAAACCCAUAUACUUCAUAAGCAAAGUCCUACAAGACGGAAACCCGCUACUCGCGCAUAGAAAAGCUAGCCUCGCCCUCCUCACGGCCUCCCGACGUCUACGGCAAUAUUUUCAGGCCCAUCCAGUGAUAAUUCGAACCGGCCAAGCUGUUAAACAGGUGCUACAAAAACCCGACCUAGCGAGCAGAAUGUUAGCAUGGUCCAUCGAACUAUCUCAGUUCGAUAUCAAGUUCGAACCCCGAUACGCGAUCAAAGCGCAGGCCAUGGCCGACUUUAUCGCCGAGAUGACACCGGGAAACUCCACCCCCGAAUCCUGGAAACUACACGUCGACGGCUCCUCGAACGUCACUUCUGGAGGCGCCGGAGUCAUUCUCAAAAAUCAAAACGGAGUCGUGAUCAAACAGUCAGUUCGAUACGAAUUCCCAGUCUCAAAUAACCAAGCAGAAUACGAAGCCCUCCUGGCGGGCUUAGCCCUAUCCCGGAAAGUCGGAGCAAAGGUCCUGGAGGUGAAUACCGAUUCACAGGUAGUUAGUUCCCAAGUUAACGGAGAUUACCAGACACGAGAUCCCCUACUCCAACAAUACCUUGCCAAGGUAAAUAAACUGAAAGAAGGAUUCGAACACGCUACCAUACAACACGUUCCUAGGGAACGAAACGCCAGGGCAGACCUACUUUCCAAAAUAGCUAGUACCAAACCAGGACACGGUAACAAAUCGCUAAUUCAGGAAGUCGUUAAGUCGCCCUCCGUAUCAACAACGACCAACGCUCAUCUGACAUUUUCAAACCAGGGAUCUUGGACCUACCCUAUCCUACAAUACCUCCUCAACGGAACAUUACCACUAGACCCCAAAGAGGGAAAACGAAUAAAGAGGGAAGCCGCCAACUAUACAGUUGUCGCAGGACAACUAUACAAACGCGAACUCUCGCAACCCCUGCUCAAAUGCGUCAAACCAGGGGACACGGAGUACAUACUCCGCAAAAUCCACGAAGGUUGUUGCGGCCACCACGUCGGAGGUAAAACCUUAGCCCAAAAAGUCAUCAGGGCAGGUUACUUCUGGCCCGCGGUUAUUCGGGACUCCAUACAGUUAGUAAAAAAAUGCGACAAAUGUCAAAGGCACGCCAAUAUCCACCAAGCCGCCCCUCACCAACUCAGCAUCAUAUCGGCAGAGCGGCCAUUCGGCACUUGGGGGAUCGACCUCGUCGGGCCCUUCCCUAAGGCACCCGGUCAACUCAGGUAUCUCAUCGUCGCCAUAGAUUACUACACCAAAUGGAUCGAGGCCGAACCCCUGGCCUCCAUACGGCAACCCAAUGCCGAAGAUUCCUCUGACGACAGAUCAUCACCCGAUUCGAGAUCCCCGAGAUCGUCAUCUCGGACAAUGGAACCCAAUUUGCUGACAAAAAGUUCAGAGAAUUUCUAG